UUGGAUCUCAUUGUCAAUGGCAAUUAGCCAGUAAAAUAAACUCUUAAUUCUAGGAACAAUUCAGCUAAAUUUGGAUUAUUAAAAGUGACAUGAAGACAAGUCAACAUCAUCUUCAUCUUAAUUAUAAUAAACAAUUUGAUCUCUAUGUCGCAAAAGAGUAAGAUUGACUCGAACACAAAUUCAGGAAUAAACUUCAAAUCCAAUUCAUUUGAAAGAAACUUUCUGUUCAGUUAAUAUUUCUUGAGAAAAUUGUGUUAAAUUAUCAUUGAUUGUGAAAAGAAUCUAAGUAAAUAUAUUAAUCUAAUAGUUGAUAAGAUGGAGUUACUAUUUAAAUUGUUCUUUGUGUUUACCAUAAUCAUCUUGGAAUCGAUUUACUUGAUCGAAGGACAAUCAGCAAGUCGUAAGAAAAUGAUCGAGGAAAUGGGACAUAGUAUGAAAGAAUUGGAAACUGCUUUCGCUAAAUUGUCAGCGCAAUUACAAUCAACUGAGACAAAUUUCAAUCUAUUCCAAGAUAAAGUGACCGUUAUACUGAAUACUGUUGAAUUGACCAAAGUUAGAACUCGAAUGAUCGAGGAGAAAUUUUCUUCCCUCGAAACUAAAUUGAUCUCAAUUGAAGAGACUGUUAAAACCAAUUUACAGCAUUUGGUUAACGGUUCGAGCGGUGGUACAGAGUCGAUUAUCAAUGUUCAUUCUCAUCGGCUUGAAACGGCCGAAAAGGGCUUCGUUAAAAUGAUGAAUGUUCUAACCGAUUUAUAUGGACUGGUCAAGGAAAAUCAUUCGAAAGACAGAGCCAAAUCUGGUGGAUAUAAUGAAAGUCUACAAGAUAAUAUGAGAAAAAUAGUUCGAGAGGAAGUGAAUAUAUUGAAACACGAAUUGGUUACUGAUAUGAACAUCACCGGAUUGAAUGGACGAUUGGGUGAAGUUUUCUCGAUGAUUACUAAUAUUCAAGAAAAUUCAUUCGAAAAUAAGCCAAAGUUUGGUGACGAUGUUUCGACGGGAAACCAUUUGCAGAACAAUCAACAAACAACUGAAGAAAUGUGCUCGGAUUUUUCUCGAUUACGGAAUCAAUUUUCAUUCGCAAUUCAAGAGAUUCGUGAUAAUAUGACUCUUCUUAUUGAUUCAAUGAAAAUAACACCAGGUCAAAAGGGAAUCAAGAAUCAGCCAAACUCAGGAACAACUUUGAUUCCAGUUGCGAUCAACUCACAACAGAAUCAAGCUGAUUCACCACGUGAAGAUAAAAUGACCUAUCGAACCGCUGAUUGUCCAAUAAUAGAUCCAAGAUCAUCUUCUAAACACGAUUGCUCACAUUCUAGGCCAAGUUUUCCCAAAGAUUGUUCUGAAAUUAUUCAAUCAAAUUCUUCUUGUCAAUCAAAAGUUUACGCUGUUCGAACCGGUUCACCUUUACGAGUUCAAAGGGUCUAUUGUGAUAUGAGUGAUAAUCGAGGUGGUUGGACGGUAAUCAUGAGAAGAGGUAAAUUCUCAGAGAAAAAGCACCACGUCGAUUUCAGGACAAACUGGGAAACAUACAAGAGAGGAUUCGGUGAUAUUAGUGAUGAAUUUUGGAUUGGAAAUCAAAUUAUUCAUCAUUUAACAGCCAAAGAACCGCAAAUACUUCAAAUUGAUUUGAAAUCGUUUGCAGAUGAAUGUAUUUCGUUACAAUUUAAAAGGUUUGCCAUCGCCGAUGAAUCCAAUCGCUACAGAUUAAUAAUCGAUGAACCUUUCGGUGAAAAUAAAGAAACUGGUGAAAUAUUUUUAUCCUUCAAUAACACAGAAUUUAUCACCAACGACAUGAUAAAAGAUUCAUCUAAAUUUCUUUGCUCGAACCUGUUGACCGGCGGUUGGUGGGCUAAUCAAUCGCGAUGUCCGUUAGUCUAUUUGAAUGGAUUGUACAAAGAGGUUGAUGUUCGUAAAGAGGUCGAUACUGGAAUAAGAUGGAUGACCUUUAAGGAAAACGAAUCGUUGAAAGAAGUUCAGAUGAAAAUUCGUCCAGUUAGUUUUCUCAACGAGGUUUAAGAUGUUCUUCAUUUUUUUUUCGAGAUUUAGUUUAUUCUAAGAUUCUAAAAUGUGUAAUUUAAUUUUCUUCCUUCUUUUCUCUAAUCAUAUUCAUUCAUCUUUUCAAAUAAAUCACAAUUAGAAAUCAA